AUGAGUGAAUUGAGAAUGUCACCCUUCGCCUCCACAUGUAUUCCUUGCGCACCCAUUUGUGAUCAAAGGUUUACUCCAAUGUUGUCUUCGCGAUUAUUGGAGGUGGACUCCAUCUUGUUCAGGGAUGCUGUGCGGGCAAAUUCUCACAUGUCCAUAUGCCGGUGCCAGUUAUUUACUGGAUCUGUAAAACGACAGGAACUGCAUUCCACCUCUAUGCUAGCCAUCAAUCACCUAUCCUUCUCUGUCUCUGUACUCUCAUCUGCCUCCGCCUCUCUUAUUGCUCUAAUUCGUAUCUACAAUUGUGACUAG